AUGUCACAGAAGCUGAGCACGAGGGAGCAAAAUCUCUUUCGUCAGGUCGUCCGCAACUAUGAGGAGAAGCAGUACAAGCGCGGCCUCAAGGCCGCCGAGCAAAUCCUCAAGAAGAAUUCUAGGCACGGCGACACAAUGGCCAUGAAGGCCCUCAUCCUAAAUGCCCAGGGCAAGACCGACGAGGCGUUCGCGCUGGGCAAGGAGGCGUUGACCGUCGAUAUGAAGUCGCAUAUCUGCUGGCACGUCUACGGACUGCUGUACAGGACCAACAAGAACUUUGAGGAGGCCAUCAAAGCCUACCGCUUCGCCCUCAAGCUCGAGCCCGACUCCAGCCAGAUCCAGCGAGACCUCGCCAUCCUGCAGAUCCAGAUGCGCGACUACAACGGCUAUGUCCAGAGCAGGCUUGCCAUGUUGCAGCAACGCCCACAAUUGAGGCAGAGCUGGACCGGCCUGGCCAUCGCCCAUCACUUGGCCGGCAACCUAGUCGAGGCCGAGAACAUACUCAAAACGUUCGAGGAGACGCUAAAAACACCUCCCCCCAAGACCGACAUCGAACAUGCAGAGGCCAUCAUGUACCGUAACAUGAUCAUUGCCGAGACUGGCGACACUCAGAGGGCUUUGGACCACCUUGAAUCAGUCUGCAAGCAGAACCUGGACCGCCUGUCCUACAUGGAAGCACGAGCCAGGUAUUUGGCUCAGCUCGGAAGGAAGGAUGACGCAGCCCGGGCCUACCGUGCACUCCUCGAUCGGAACCCCGACCAUCCUGAGUAUUACGACUCCCUGAUUGCAGUGCUCGGGUUGGCUGAGGGGGAUGUUGCGGCUCGCAAAGCAAUCUACGACGAAUACGUCACCAAGUCGCCUCGCUCAGAUGCUGCGCGACGUCUCCCUCUGGACUUUUUGACCGGCGAUGACUUCAAGGAAUCGGCCAAGAAGUAUUUGACCGCAGUAUUAGAUAAAGGCGUGCCCUCCACCUUUGCCAACCUAAAGCACCUUUACAACGAUGACUUCAAGAGAACAACCCUGCCCGCCCUGGUGCAUGAGUACCUUGAGGCGGCAGGCGGGGAGCAAGCUAAUGGAGACAGCUCCAAAGGCAAAGGGGCGGCUCUGUAUUUUUUGGCUCAGCACUACAACUACUCCCCAAGCCGUGACCUCGCCAAGGCUAUGGAGUAUGUAGACAAGGCCAUUGAGCUAGAUCCCAAGAAUGUUGACUUUGCCAUGACCAAGGCGCGGAUAUGGAAGCACCACGGAAACCUGCACAAGGCAUCAGAGGCUAUGGACCAUGCCCGAGCACUGGACACCAGAGAUCGAUACAUCAACACCAAGGCAGCCAAGUACCAACUGCGGAACAAUGAAUGCGACAAGGCACUCAAGACAAUGGGCAUGUUCACCAAAGCCGACACGCCCGGUGGCCCACUGGCAGACCUUCUGGACAUGCAGAGUGUGUGGUUCCUCACCGAGGACGGCGAGGCCCACGCGCGGCUGGGCAAUGUGGGACUGGCCCUGAAGCGAUUCCACUCGGUUUAUAACAUCUUCGACGUGUGGCAGGAGGACCAGUUCGACUUCCACAGUUUCUCGCUCAGAAAGGGUAUGAUCCGGGCCUAUGUCGACAUGGUGAGGUGGGAGGACCACCUGCGAGACCACCCGAUGUACACGCGCGUGGCGAUCGAUGCGGCACGGGUGUACCUGCGGCUGCACGAGGAGCAGAAUGCGGUGGAGGCCAAUGGGGUCAACGGCUCGGCGGGCGCCCACGGCGACGACGCCCUGGAAAAGAAGAAGGCGGCAAAGAAGGCAAAGAAGGAAUCGCAGCGGCUGGAGCGCGAGGCGGCGGACCGGGCGGCCAAGCAGAAUCCCAACCAGGGCCAAAAGGGCAAGCAGGACGCUGAAGCGCUGAAGAAGAAGGACGACGACCCGCUGGGACAGAAGCUCGCGAGCACGACGGAUCCGCUGGCAGAGGCCAUGAAGUUUGUGAACCCGAUGCUGGCGUGCAGCCCGAAGAGCAUCGAGGCACAGGCGACAGCUUUCGAGGUGCUGAUUCUCAGGAAAAAGUACAUACUGGCCCUUGGGUGCCUAAAGGCUGUGCUGGCGUUGGACCGGGAGAACGCCAAGGCUCACGAGCAAGCGGUGCGUCUGAGGCAGGCGCUGGACAAGGAGGCGGGCACGCUGCCAGCCAAGGUGGGCGAGGUGAUCAAGGCGGAGUUCACGGAGAUCCCGGCGUCUACGGACCUGGCCAAGCACAACGAGGAGUUCCGGCAGAGGCACAAGGGCAGCGCGCAGCACAUCCUGGCGAGCAUACGCGUGCAGGACAGGCUGGGGGAGGACCGGGCCAGGCUGGGCAAGGAGGUGGCGGGCUUGCUACAGAUGGAAGGCGUGGGGCUGAGGGACGCGAGCGAUGCGCAAGAACUGCUAAAGGGGUGGAAGAGCGGGGAACUGGAGGGGUUCAGGAAGACAGCAGCUCAGAAGUGGCCCGAGUCGUCGGUGUUCACAUAG